UUUCAAUCUAUUUUCGCCACACAAACACCGCCAGAGAUGGACCUCCUCCAUGAACGCAACCAGUGCGGGCAGACGCUGCUGCGGCUGACAAGCCGUGGCAAUGCCAUCAUCGCGGAGCUGCUGCGUCUUGCAGAAGCCAUCCCCGAUGUGUUCUACCUCAGGGAUCGCGACGACCAGGUCAAGUAUCAACACAUUGUGCUGGACUUUUCCUACUUCAACAGCAUCGAGUUGUUCGACCACCGCAUCGACUCAUCGCCGGAGAUGCAAGAUCUGGACGAGGACUUCAAGGAGACGCACUACCACCUGCUGUCGCGUUUCUACCUCGCAUUCGACUCUGUCUAUCGCUACAUCACAGACUUUGUCAAAUUCCUGAGCGAUUUGGACGACGGCGUGUUCAUCUACCAGACACUCGAGAAUGUUCUCAGCGACACAGACGGCAAACAGCUCCUCACAGAAGCGCUGUUCCUGUACGGCGUGAUGCUGACGACGGUGGACCAACGCAUUCCGGGCCCCGUCCGCGAGCGCCUCAUCGUCUCCUUCCACAGAUACUGCGUGAAUGAGGCGGAGCAGGCCAACAUCGAGGCUGUCAUCAAACUCUUCCGCUCAACAGGAUACGUCCACGGCGUCAAGCGGCCGGAGCACUACCCGGAGUCGUACUUUGAGCGGAUUGAAAUUCCAAAGGGAUUCGUGCGCAUGGUCAUCAGCCGGGUGCGGUCUGACGAUGUGUACAACCAGAUGAAGGUGUUCCCUCAUCCGGACCACCGCAGCACGGCGCUCGCGUCGCAGGCAGCCAUGCUGUACAUCAUCCUCUUCUUCGACCCAGACACCCUCCACCGCGAGCAGGCCAAGAUGCGCGAGAUUGUGGACAAGCAUUUUCCGGACAACUGGGUCAUCUCCGUGUACAUGGGACCACCGUGAACCUCUGCCAGGCCUGGAGCCGUACAAGGCAGCACGCCUUGCGCUCAUACACGCUCGACAGGAAAACAUCCAGUUCCA